AUGCACCUAAGUGACAGGGAAAAGGUUUCUUGUGCUGCACAUACACUGAAAAAGGAUGCUAAUAUUUGGUGGGAAGUGGUUAAGCAGACAAGAGAAGAUAAUCAUAUGACUUGUGAAGACUUUGAACUGGUCUUCAAUGAAAAGUUUUAUAAUGAAGCUGUGUUGAUUGUUAAAGUAAUUGAGUUCACUAGAUUACAACAAGGGAAUUUUCCAGUGGUUGAGUACGCUAGGAAAUUUGAUCGGUUAGCCAAGUUUGCACCAGACUUGGUUAACACUGAAACUAGUAGAGCUGUGGAGAAAGCUUUAAGAGCCGAACACAGAGAAGAAAAGAUAGCACAAGCUAAAGCUGCUACUAGUAUGCGUCGUAGAGACACUCCAUUAAAUAAAAAACAAAGCUGCUUUCCCAAUGACAACAAAAGAGGGACCCAGAAUUUCCAAUUUAGACAAGGACAGAAUAAGAAAUUUAAAGGAGGUAAGCAAAAUAGGCAAUCUGGAUUCCAACAACAACCACAAUGUCAAACUUGUGGAAAGAAUCAUUUCGAGGAGUGCAGGCUUCUAAGUAAGAUUUGCUUCAAAUGUGGCAAGGGGGAUCAUUUUAUCAAAGAUUGUCCAUUGAUGAAGAACCAACAAAAGAAGGAUGAACCUUAA